AGAGAGGCGGGGCUGAGAGGCGGGUUAAAGGGCGCGCUGCCUGUUAGGCCACGCAUGCCAGAGAAGGUGCAAUGGCCUGGCAGGGGCUGGCCGCAGAGUUCCUGCAGGUGCCGGCGGUGACGCGGGCAUAUACUGCGGCCUGUAUCCUCACCACCGCCGCCGUGCAGCUGGAGCUCCUCAGCCCCUUCCAGCUUUACUUCAACCCGCACCUCGUGUUCCGGAAGUUCCAGGUCUGGAGACUCGUCACCAACUUCCUCUUCUUCGGGCCCUUGGGAUUCACCUUCUUCUUCAACAUGCUCUUCGUGUUCCGCUACUGCCGUAUGCUGGAGGAGGGCUCCUUCCGCGGCCGCACGGCGGACUUCGUCUUCAUGUUUCUUUUCGGAGGCGUUCUUAUGACUCUGCUGGGACUCCUGGGCGGCCUGUUCUUCCUGGGACAGGCCCUUAUGGCUAUGUUGGUGUACGUGUGGAGCCGCCGCAGCCCUCUGGUGAGGGUCAACUUCUUCGGCCUCCUCACCUUCAAGGCGCCAUUCCUGCCCUGGGCACUUAUGGGCUUCUCACUGUUGCUGGGCAACUCGAUUCUUGUGGACCUGCUGGGGAUUGCUGUGGGCCACAUCUACUACUUCCUGGAGGAUGUCUUCCCCAACCAGCCUGGAGGCAAGAGGGUGCUGCUGACCCCAGGCUUCCUGAAGCUGCUACUGGAUGCCCCUGAGGAAGAUCCCAAUUACCUGCCUCUUCCUGAGGAGCAGCUAGGACCGCAUCAGCCACCCCCUCAGCACUGACCCCACCCAGGGCCAGCCUGAGAGGCUCCUGGAAGGCCUGCAUCCUCCCCUGACUCCAGCUUGCAGCAGAAGCACCGCCCUCCUGGAGGCUGGGUCCAUGCAAGGGCCCACCAAGGGCCCACCCGAAUAAACACAAAGACCUG